AUGGGCAUGAACAUAUGGAACUCAGGUAGCGAUUUCUUUAAAGCAGGCCGUUUAGGGAAACAAACCAAAGGCGCUUCAAGUUCUGGCCCAUCUGACUUGCAGCAAGGAACUUUUCUCAACCUCUCGUUAUUGUUCCUUAAGCCGGCAGCUUUCAAAAAGUCCAGCUCGGAUAUGAGGUACUCGGAUGCUUACGUCGUCGAUCCCGUCAUCGAGCCUAGCGACCUAAGUAAGCCGGAUUUGUUGUCUGAUCUCAUCAACUUUGUACAUCACCACACUGAUUUUCAAUCAACCGAUUUCUUUCAUCCAGCUUCAGGGACGAACUUGAAAUCUGGUUUGAGUCAAGAUAGUGAGGCCCGCCCCUUCACGGAUGAUGCAGGUGAAUCCGCCCGGGAAGCAUAUAAACUUCCUAGACCGCGUGAAUCCACGCAGGAAGCAUAUAAACCUCCCACACCAGAUGAAUCCGUGCCGCCCACAUAUACACUCCCUCCACCAGCGAGAUCCACGCGAGAAGCAUAUACACUUCCUACACCUGGUAGAUCUGCACCGCAAUCAUACACGCUUCCAAACCCAGUUCCAUCAUGGGGUCCAAAACCAAAUAAUCCAGAGGGAUCGACCCAAGGUAAGCGGCAGAAUUUUGUCAACUAUGAAUCUCAAGAAACUAACUUGAGCCUUUCGAAUUAUCAAAUUGAACCUCUCAAUGUGAAUUUGUAUACUUUGAUGAUCGCAAACUUUCAGGAGGGUUGCAUCAACUUCCUCGACCUGGUGAGAUUUGAGAUUUGA